AAAGAUGAGAAGGUCUUGCAAGCUGCAGCAUCCACUGCAGAACAGGCAGGAGAAGUUUGCAAAGAAGUGCCACCAAACCUCGCUGGUGACACUGAGUCGGUGCAGGCAAGGACGGGCACAGAGACGAACACCGGGACUGCAGCCACCCAGGGACACGGCUGGAGUGAGCAACAGCUAGGGAACAACCUGUGUCACCGAGCCCAGCCAUGUCCCCAGUGGUGAAAGAGAAGAACCACGUAAGGCUGGUCUUCUUGGGUGCAGCCGGCGUGGGCAAGACUGCCCUCAUCCGCCGCUUCCUGAUGGACACCUUUGAGCCCAAGCACCGGCGCACAGUGGAGGAGCUGCACAGCAAGGAGUAUGAGGUGAGUGGGGCCACGGUCAAAGUGGAAAUCCUGGACACCAGUGGCAGCUACUCCUUCCCGGCCAUGAGGAAGCUCUCGAUCCAGAACAGCGAUGCCUUCGCCCUGGUCUACGCUGUAGACGAUGCCGAGUCCUUCGAGAGCGUCAAGAGCUUGCGUGAGGAGAUCCUGGAGGUGAAAGAAGACAAGGUCCCUCCUAUUGUGGUGGUCGGCAACAAGGCAGAGAGCGGUGGCGAGCGGCAGGUGCCGGUGGAGGAUGCUCUGUCACUGGUGGAACUGGACUGGAACAGUCGCUUCGUUGAGACGUCAGCCAAGGACAACGAGAACGUCCUGGAGGUCUUCAGGGAGCUGCUGCAGCAAGCCAAGCUGCCCAGCCGGCUCAGCCCGGCUCUCUGCAAGAGGAGGGAGACGUUGCCCAAGGAGCAGAUGCUGAGGCCUCCCAUGAACAAGACCAACAGCUGCUCGGUGUGCUGAGCUGGAUGCCCAAGGCUGGGAGGAAGGCGCCGGCAACAGCGGCACUGGAUGGAAACUCAGGUCCUGUGUCACCUCUCCCCGCGCCCUUGCACGUCCAACCUCCUGGCACGGUUUCAGCUCCUGCAGCAGAUCCAGAGUCCAAAGCAGUCUGGGGUUUGCACCCUGGUGUAGAGCAUGCGGCUGGGCAGUGUGUGCAGCUCUUUGGUUCUCCUCCCUCCCCUCUUCAGGUGUUUAUUUUUUGUAAG